CUGUCAUAGCAACGCAAAGUUUUUUCUGUGAGGGUGACACUUUGUCAGCGAUUUUGCCACAAGACUCCCUAGCACUUUCUGAGAUUUAAGUCUGAAGUGAAGACGUUUUACAGAAGAGAAUCCCCCUGGCGUGUGAGGUCACGUCUGGUUCAUCAUGAACGUGUCUACUGUUGCCCUCAGUCUGAUUCUGCGUGGGGUUCUGGGUUUAGUACGCUCCAGUUGCGUUCAGGACGAUGGGGCUUAUUUCUGUGAUGAGAUUCCACAAAGUUACCCGGAUGGCCUGUCAUCUUUGGUGUUACGCGGGCAUAAUGUUGGAGUUCUUAAUUCUACUGUAUUCAUUAGUGAGAACCUGGGCUCUGUGACUCGCCUUACCAUUCAAGAUGCUGGCAUCACUGAGGUCACGUCCGGAGCCUUGAAGUCCUUCCACAACCUUAAAACCCUCAAUCUAGGCCUCAACCUCUUAUCCCAGCUCAGCCCAGCCUGGUUCAGCCAGCCAGCCAUUCUACAGACUCUCACUCUUAACAGGAACAACAUCACAGUUUUAGAAGAAUCCAUGCUGCUAAGGCUCACUGGCCUAACUAACUUAAACCUGGCCGGGAAUAUGAUCCAGAACAUUGGUCCUACUACUUUUUUCAACAAAACCCGCCUUGCCAGUUUGGACCUGUCUAAUAAUGGGAUCCAAAACAUCAGCCCAGGUACAUUCAGUGGGCUCGCUGGCUUAACUCUUUUAAACCUGACCGGGAAUAAGAUCACGGUCGUCAGCCCUGACUGUUUCAGUUCCCUUACCGGGCUGACCUACUUGGAUCUGUCUGAUAACAGGCUGUCCAGCAUUAACCCCCAGGCCCUCCCCCUCAUUUCUACACGUAUUAGGCUGGAUAGGAACCCCUGGAACUGUUCCUGUGGAGUGGAGGAUUUUGUCGUCUUCCUCCGAGGUUGGUCGGUGAUGCCUCUGUUACUUGGUAGUAAGGAUCAGAGCUGUGGAUUAAAUGCUAUGAGGUGAA